AACAUGUUGCAUUUAGAACAAGUUAUUUUUCUGAAAUAGUGUAUAGCUAUGGAAGAACACCGACGCGCACACCGCCUCACUUUUAUAGUGGUGACAGUUGAGAGGUGCGAUGACAAGUCGGUGCUCCGUUUCACUUAUUACUAUAUAGCACAAUUCUAUUAGAGACGAGAGCCUGUACGGCUGACUACCUGACCUGCUCAGAAGAUAAGUGUGAGAGGCUUUUUGAAAAGUGAACCCAUCACUAUCCUGUCUGCCUUCUCACAAAUGCCCUGGUCCAAUGCAGAACAAUUAUUUUAAUCCGGGGUGAUACAAGAUGUCGCCUCCAAAUUCACAUUCAGCCGAUUGCUCGUACUUACAUUCACCAGAAUCUGAUGAUUGCAAAUCUCCCAGUCCACCAGAUAAAGAAGAUGCCAAGUUGAUGCAAGAUAGUGAAAAGACGGAUUCAACAAAUGAUACUCCCAGUGACGUCCCAAGCACUGCGGAGAUAGUGGUGCCCCCUGACGGAGGCUGGGGUUGGGUAGUGGUCUUGGCCAGCUUCAUGAUCAACCUUGUGGUAGACGGUAUCAUCUUCUCAUUCAGCGCGUUUUUGGGAGAAAUUGCUGCAGAAUUCGGGGCUGGCAAAGCGGAAGUGACUCUAGUGGGAUCGCUUAUGUCAGGGUUCUACUUGAUUACGGGACCUUUUGCGAGUGCGGUUGCGAACAAGUACGGGUUCCGAUCCGUUGCCAUGUUUGGAGGAGUGUUAGGGGCAGCUGCUUUCGCGAUUUCGCACUUUGCCGAUAGUGUGACGUUCCUCUGUGUAACAUACGGAGUUAUUGGAGGAAUCGGAUUUGGGUUCCUCUACGUGCCAUCCAUCAUUACCAUUGGAUUCUACUUCGAAAGAUGGAGGGCUCUAGCAACAGGUAUAGCAGUAUGUGGCUCUGGCAUCGGAACUUUCGUGUUUUCUCCUUUAAGCGAAAUCCUCAUCAACAUUUUCGGCUGGAGAGGGGCACUUCUUUGCCAAGGGGCACUGGUACUUAGUUGCGUUAUAUAUGGAUCGUUGUUCAGGCCUCUGAAGCCUACAAAACUGAAAAAGCUGAAAGAAGACGACGAAGAAUCGGAGUUAGAAUUAGAUGUAUCUACGCUACCGGAUAACCUCAAAGAAAAGAUGGAGAACGUUUCGCAGUUUUUGCAGCGAAACUCCAUCUAUUCAGACUACCGGACGUCCCUUCCAAAGGUCCUUAUCGAUAAUGAAGACGUCUAUCACACUAUCAGCAUUCCAAAUCGUAAAAGCAGCGUGUCUAUACAAGGCAAAACUUUGAGCGCGCCUUUUCUAGCAGACUAUGAGAAGCCAAAGAAGUACCUACUGGAUGUGGAUAACCUGAAACCACUGGUCCUACCUCGGAAAAAUAGCCUCAAAGAGGAGCCAGAAGUUGUUCGACCAUUAUACAGAGACGACAUCUUCUUCGGAGCCAGUCUCACUAGGCUGCCUCAGUACACUUCCAAGACAUCAAUAGCCUAUAACUUGUCUGUUACGAGGCUUCCUACCAAGAACGAUAUCGACGAAGAGAAGCAACAUCAGUGCAAGUUGUGCCCGGAAGCUCUGAAACGAGUGUUAUGCACCAUGCUGGACUUCGGACUCUUGAAAUCGCCAUCGUUCAUCAUUUUGGCUACUGGAGGAUUUUUCACCAUGAUGGGAUUUUAUGUACCAUACAUGUAUUUGGUAGAACGCGCAAAAAGUGGAGGUAUGGAUAAAGCCAUGGCAGUAUGGCUGGUGUCAUCGAUUGGCAUAGCAAAUACCGUAGGACGAGUGGUUUGCGGAGUUAUAAGCUCAAUUCCAGGAGUUAAUGCUCUAUUCGUCACUAACGUGGCGCUUACCAUUGGUGGAAUCGCUACUAUGUUUAGCGGAUUAUCGAUGUCGGAAGAAUAUCAGUUUUUCUAUACAGUCGUAUUUGGACUGACUAUUUCUUGCUUCGCUUCUUUACGUUCCAUAGUAGUGGUAGAUCUUAUGGGCCUUGAAAAGCUCACCAAUGCCUUUGGCCUGUUGCUUCUAUUCCAAGGAAUGGCCGCCAUUAUUGGAGCUCCUCUAGCGGGAGCAUUCAUGAUGGCCACAGGGAGCUACGAUGCAUGCUUCUAUCUCUCUGGGGGAGUUCUUCUACUAUCAGCUAUAUUGUGCUAUCCCCUCAAUUGGGUCAACAAGUGGGAGAAUAAGAGGAAUUCUAGGAGGGAAGAAAAGAAACAUGAAGCUGAAACUGCUUGAAGACAUUUUGAAUUGUAUAUUUUGUUUUUCUACCUCUCCAAAGGAACACUCCACCUCUCAGGGAUAAAGCUCUAUUCCAUUGGGCGCGCCAAGAUAUGUGAUUAAGCAAGGAAAAUUUUGAAGUAAGAAAUCUAAAGCUGCCUUGCUUGCUGAUGUCGGGACGCUUUUCAGAACUGAUCAGUGUAGAAAGUCAGAUACCUUAUAAAGUAAUAGGGCCAUGAGAAUUUAGAAUAUUGCGCAAAAGGCUUAACACGGGGAAGUAAACGGAAAUAAAUAGAUGAAGUAUAACAACUUUUUGUAAUUAAACCAUGUCUCGUUUAGGUAGAUCUGUUAUAAAGUUUAUCUGUUACUUGGUUUUGGAUGACUCUUCUAUUUGUUAAAUCUUGUUUAUAAUAAUGUGUGUGUACGGGCUAUCUGUGGUAUGGAUGAUUUUGAAAUAACUGGUCGUGGUUGCCUUCUGGUGCAACUUUUAAAAACUAGCUUGCUUCAAAGUUUCAACUGAAUCGUUUUUUCAUGUGGAUUUUGUUGGAAUGCUAGAUAUCAUUUUUACAAAGAUUCCAAAAUCUCCAGUUUCACUGCCGCACUCUGCAUAUUUAUCAAAGUUCUGUCUGAGAUUUCCCUUACAAGUUACAGUAUUACUAUUACAUAGAUGAUGAUCACUUCGGAAUGUACAUGUUUUUGGAUAACAAAUGCUAACAGGAAAAUAUGAAGUGAAAGAAAUUUCACUUCUUUCCAGCAUACUAUAUACAUCUUGGAUCCAUUUCAGACCAUAGAUACCAUUUUUAUUAUCUCCAAAUAGCUUGACUUUGUCUGAUAUGUGCCUGUUUAAUGUAAUGUAGAUGUGAUUAAUGCCGGAGAUUUGCCACGAUCAAACUUACAGCGAGAGUAUGUACUCACAUUUUCUGGAAGUUGCUAAAUGUGGAUGCCUAGUCUGUCAGUAUCACGGCUGAACCACAAUAUGGAGAGACAUAAAGAUUUUUAUAGUUACUAAUUGAUAAACGGAGAAGCUUAUUGUUUUUUUCCGCUAAAAUAUACAGGGUAUUCAAAAAGUAUGGAUAGAUCAAAGUAUUUCGAAGAAAACGUUUUCCAGAGAAAAAUGAGGGUGAUCUUGAACGUGACCUUGACUAUGAUCUUCAAGUUCAUUUGAUGGUCAGGUCAGUUUUCCUGAAUAAAACCCCUAUUUUUGACAGCGGAAAUGUAAAGAGCAGUAACCCUUACGUUAAGAUAUGCCUUUGCACUUGACCUGGACUAUGAUCUUCAUAAAUAUUUGAGCAUAUCCAAAAAGUGGGGACAGGAUAAUAUAUCUCGAAAAAAAAUGUUAUGUAGUAAAGCUAUAAGGUUUGAAACCCCUAUUUUUGAUACCACAAAUAAAAAUAGCAAGAAACGGUAUGAUAAUUUGAAGAUUAAAUCAAUUCUUAACGGGAAACAUCUAUUUUUAAUUACUGAAAUGCAAAUUGUUUACAAUGUUAAGUUCAAGUGUAUCAUUGCCAAAGAACCUGACGAUGAGCUUCAACGUUAUUUUAAGAUCAGCUAAAUUUUCAAGCAAGCUCUUCACAUUUUGCCGAGAUUAUAAAAAUGCGAAAUAUUAUAUUGCGGUCAAAGUCACUAUCGUAUUCUUAACCGCCAUCUGACUGGGAUCUUUAAGGUCAUUUUUUGACGGGAAACUGGCAUCCUUGUUUUCAGAACCAUAAUUUCACGUCCCGUUAAAUCUUCAAUCACCAUAAGAGAUCAUAGUCAAUAUAGCGUUCAAGGUCAUGACUAGAUAAUUCUUGCAUUAUAAUGCAGAAAAACUGCUAUAGUGCAGAAAAACUUUCAUGGUGUAGCACGCUGCUACUUUAAUACCAUGCAACUCUGAACCAAUAGGAGUUCAAAAACCUGUUGUAUGCAAACUGCAUCAUUUAUGUCUCCCAACCUUCUUCCUCUCCCUUCAUACUAAGCGUUUCUCCCAUCCUUACGAACAAAGGAUUUGCAUACCGCACAUGGCAAUAAAUGAUCGUAUUGAAUAUAUUUAAUUCUAGGUAGCAUAUUUUUAGAGAUAUUUUGUUCUCUCCAUGCCUUUUGGAUGCCCUAAAAUGACCUUGAAGGUCAGAGGCAAGGUCACGUUUAAGGUCACCAUUAGAUGAUUCUUUUGAAAUAUUAAAAACUUUGUUCUACAACAUUUUUCUCUAGAAAGGGGAUUCGACUGAUCGGCAAAAACUUCAUGACAAGAUCAUUGAAGCAACGAUUACGUCAGCAAAAUCAACCGGUAUACCUCGCAUCUCCUUAUUCCUUCUUAUAUGCCCUUUGAAUUCAAAAUGAUCAGGUUUCCAGAUCAUCUAUCUACAUGUUACAUACAUGUUUAGACAUAGAUGCUUUGAGAUACUUCAUGUGUUACACAUAUUAUUUAUUGUGAGUACACCUUUGAAGGCAAUUUAUUGUUACAACAAAAUGUUGAAUAAAUAAUGUUGAUUGCCAAAGUAACUGAUGCAUUACUUUGAAUAUUGCAUUCAUUCCUCCAAAAUAGUGGUGGCAGAUAUUUCCCGACCUGUGAUUUAGUAACUGAUAUUUCUAAAUCACGAAACACAACUGUUACCAAAUACCUUGAAAAUGCGUGACGUGAUCACAACUUGUAGAACUAGGUACUUCACGGCAAGGGCGAAUGGCAUCAUGGAAUCACGGUUAUUUUGCUCAAGAUGUCAGUAUACCCAUAAUCUCAUCUUUAUUCGACAAUAAAUCAGAAAAAGCACAGAUCAACAACCAAAUGGCAUAACAAGAUGAACAAGAAAUAGUCAUAGUGAAAAGAGCCUAUUGUUUUGAACAUGUAAGACGGAACAGUCUAUAUAGAAAUCUAGAAAUACCUUUAUGAAGGACAGGAAAUACUAUGAAAAUCAAGGAUGCUAUAAAGGCGUCCUACAAUAAAAUUGUAGGAAAGAUUUACGAUAUAGCCUUGCUGUUAUAAAAAAGUAACCAUAUCAGAUAUUCAAACAGUGACAUCGGCCAUCUCUACUCUGAAACCAAUCUCAUUCACACUAAUUCAAAAUGAAUGACAUAUACCAACUUAACACUACUUUUACGCGAGCGGAGCCGCGGGGUAUAAUGUUGUAAGAUGUAGCUAAUUUUGUGUUGCCGACUAUGCAUGCAAUGUAUUAUAUUCUUGUGUCACUUGAAAAAAUUAAGCUCUUUCACUAAUGUUCUAAUCUAUAGGGAAUGGUAUUGCGCAAAUAUGUCUUCGAACAGAUGGAGAAAUUGCAUUAGAAUAACAUUUUGUAUUUAGUACGCUGCAAAAAUAUAAGGCAGUAUCUGCAUUGUUAGUUUGCAUUCCAAGCUAUCCUGGAUCCUAGUGCUUAAACUCCACAAUGGCACUGCAGUAGCAUCAUCAUCAUAUCAAAACAGGUUCCUAUUGGGUAUUGUAAUAAUCAUAUUACUAAAUUCAGUUUCCGAAAAUAUGCCUUUCAUGAAAAUGUAGCGUAUGGACACACGUAUACUUCAAUCUUAGUAGGUGAUGCAUUUCAAUGAUACAUCAAAUACAUAUCUUAUUUAAUCAGGGUUUUCAUUUGUUAGUUGUUAAGGGUUUUGCUACAGCCCAACAUAAGACUGACUUAUUUAUUGUACUAUUGAUUAUAUUAUUUUUGCAUAGAUAUAAGUUUUGCCAUUUGUAUCCAACAUCUAAAGGAGUGACUGCAUUCCAUGUGACAAGAUGUGUUUUAGAUUAAAUAUUACAGUUUGUAGAAAUUUAGAAUCAUAAGAAUAAAGCAC